AUGUCGGCUCUGGCGGACGCCCUCCAUGAGGCUACCCAAAAGCACAUCGCCAAACCUCGGCAAGACACCGAGGACUCAACGCAUACUGUAGUCCCAUCCAAUUUACAGAAUGGAAUCUACAACAAACUACACUUCCAAGAACCACAACUUCAACAUGAUGAUCUCUUCUCACCCUCACCUUCACACUUUGAUGACGAGGGCUCAGAACACAGACUACGCCCUGAUCAAACAUCCAAGUCUCUGUCGCGCAUACCCGGCUUCAAGUCGCCUCCGAACACACCAGCCACGAGGACAGGCCCACCACGGUCCCUCUCGUUUGCCUACUCACUUCCAGGAUCUCCCAACACAACCGCCAAACCCAGCGCCACCUUCUUUGACCUUGCCAAUACAGACCAAGACGCCGUGCUGGUAGAAGACCCCGAAUUUUCCUUUUCUGCCACCAACAGUGACUUCCGCGGCGCACUAGAGUACCCAACACCCCGCGAACAUCAUGACAGGAAAGGGAAGAAGCGCGAGCGAGAAAGGAGCAUGGCGGAGGAUAGCUGGAAUCCUAUCCGCUGGUUUCAGGAGUCACCGAAGGAAGAAAAGCCUCCCACUGAGUUUCCGUUUUCCUCGGCCACCUCUCAGGAAAUGCCGGCGGAUGACGCGGAGGCAGAUAUCCAAACCCAAUCCCCAGAGCAGCUUCAGGAACAAACCCAGCUCCAUUCUGCAUAUAAAUCCGACGCAGAGCAGAUCUCGCACUCCAGUUUCUUUCGCCGUCCUAAACGCGGAACAUCAGCACACGACUCGGACAGUCCUAUCAUAGGCGCCAAGACCGGGGCACUGCGCCGUGCCUUCUCGGUGCCUCAUUCCCCAUCGGAUGCACACGAGAGGGAUAAGCAAGAAAGCGGCGGGCCGACGGAGGGUCGCGCAAAGUGGUCAAGGCUACGGGCUCUUAUUCCUCACCUCGUCCAUCCAGACGAGAGCAUCCUCCCAGGCCCAUCCAUGGUUACAUCGCAUGCUGUCAAUAUAACGGACGAGCUAAUAACGGGUGGUUUGUCAACGCUGAUGUUAAAGCUGUGGUUUGAACGCGACGAGAAGGACCAUCGACGUAUCCCCAUCCUCUUCCAUCGACUCCGAAUUCGCGUCAGCGACAGCUUGCAUCCCAUGCAAGGGCACAGGUCGGUGUUCCGCAUUGAAUGCGAGUACGCGAAUGGAGCGGCACGUUGGGUCGUGUAUCGCGAGCUGAGAGACUUCCUCUCGCUGCAUGCCCACUAUACAGUGUCGAACGUCUACAACAGGAAUAUGGACAAGAUGCCCGAGUUUCCGAAGACCAGUCUACCUUAUUUCAAGUUUCUUAAGAAAGAAGGUCGAGAGAAGGGAGAUAAGGUCGGCAGAGCGGACUUUGCUCGUAUGCAGAGAGAGGCUCUGGAAACUUAUCUUAUUGGCCUCAUUCGCGCUGUGAUGUUCCAUCCUUCAUCCAACCGUCUUGCUGGAUUUCUUGAGAUCAGUGCCCUCUCCAUAGCAUUGGCGCAGUCAGGUGGUGCUCAGCAUAAAGCAGGAUUCUUGAGAAUAGAACCUAGUGGGAAUGGUGGUGGCGGGUUUGGACGCAAGUCCGCUGGAUGGAGAGAGCGAAAGGUAGCACGUUGGUGUGCAAUUCGCGAAAGCUAUUUGGUGGCCCUGGAAGAGCCAGGAGAGCUCGCCGUAUGGGAUGUAUUCCUCCUGGACUCAGAUUUCAAUAUCGAACGUCCGAAACGAUAUUAUCGUCAAGGUUUCGGCAAUCUCUUGCAUUAUGAAAAGGCCGAAGGCGAACACGCUCAGAAUGGGAACGCCAAUGCAGACGAGCAACACCACCGCCAUUACCAUCACCACGAGCACCACGAGCACCACGAGCACCACGAGCACCACGAGCACCACGAGCACCACGAGCACCACGAGCACCAUGAGCACAUUCACAAUCCAGUUCCACGAAUCCAGUUGCCUGCACCACCAGAGAGCGACCGACGGUCGAUAAUAUCCUCUAUCAAGACACGUGUAUCAAAGAUUUUCCACAUUGAACCAGCAUCUCCUCGAAGUGUCAGAGGAAGCCAAGGUCGUCCGGACGACCACGAUGAUAUGAGCAGCGGGACAUCUUCGGCGUCGAUUGGGUCUUCUCUGCCUUCACGAGCCCCAACACCUAUGCUGGACCCCUCUACAAACGCCAACCCACUGGAGCAUCACGACCACGACCACCCUGACGAUCCUGGACACCAACAUGGCAAUCUUGAUCCAGAAAAGAGAAAGAAGAAUGGCACAAGUUCUGGGGCUAAAAAGAAGAUCUCUACGGAUGUCUCGAAACAUACAUUUUAUAUUGUCAAUUCACAGACGAGACUGAAGAUAAUUGCACGGAACGAGCGUCAAAUGCUCCAAUUUAUCACAGCAUUGGAGAAGACCGCUGCAACAUCCCACUACACCGGCAGCAAUCGCUUUAACAGCUUUGCCCCCAUUAGAUUGAAUGUAGCCGCGCAAUGGCUCGUCGAUGGACGCGAUUAUUUCUGGAACCUCUCCCGAGCCAUGCUGCUGGCGAAAGAGAGCAUCUACAUCCACGAUUGGUGGUUGUCGCCUGAGCUAUUGAUGAGGCGCCCGGGCAAGCAAAGAUAUCGGUUAGACCGCCUGCUGGAAAGGAAAGCCAAGGAAGGCGUAAAGAUUUACAUCAUCCUCUACCAGGAAGUAUCCAAUCGGACGACACCAACUGACAGCAACUAUGCAAAACAGCGGCUUGUUGGUCUGCAUCCGAAUGUCAUGGUCCAGAGAUCUCCUUCCCAUUUCCAGACCGGAACAUUCUACUGGGCUCACCAUGAGAAAGUGUGUGUUAUCGACCAGACAAUCGCCUUCAUGGGUGGUUUGGAUCUUUGUUUCGGGCGAUGGGAUACUCCACAGCACGCUUUGACCGAUGACACAGCCGACACCGAUAAUGAGGAAAUAUGGCCUGGCAAAGAUUAUAGCAACCCACGGUUGUCUGAUUUCUAUAACCUCAACAAGCCUGAAGAGGAUAUGUACGACCGGACAAAAGUGCCGCGUAUGCCUUGGCAUGACGUCGCGAUGCAGAUCGUCGGGCAGCCAGCCCGAGACUUGGCACGCCAUUUUGUCCAGCGAUGGAACUACUUGCUGAGAAUAAAGAACCACUCGCGGGUCAUGCCCUUCCUAUUGCCUCCACCAGAGUUCAGGCCUGGCGAGCUAACACAGAUGGGUUUAACUGGGACAUGUGAGCUACAAAUCUGCCGUUCUGCGGGGCCCUGGUCGCUCGGCACUCCUGGGAAGAUCGAGCAUUCGAUUCAGAACGCCUACCUGAAAGCGAUCCAAAUGUCCGAGCACUUUGUUUACAUCGAGAACCAAUUCUUCAUCACCUCAACGACUGUGAAUGAUGUAAAGAUCGAAAACAACAUUGGAGAUGCCAUUGUUCAUCGCAUUAUUCGGGCACACCGGGAUCGAAGGCCUUGGAAGUGCUGUAUCUUGAUUCCUCUUAUGCCUGGAUUCACGUUUCCAGUUGAUCAUAGCGAUGCUAGUGCUAUUCGGAUAAUCAUCGAGUGUCAAAACCGCACCCUAGCUCGUGGCCCAAAUUCCAUUUUCUCUCGACUCCGAAAGGAGGGCAUUGAUCCUGAUGAGCACAUCUCGGUCUUUUCUCUACGGAACUGGGGCAAGAUGCGGGGCGACGUUUUGACUACGGAACAAGUCUAUAUCCAUGCAAAGCUCUGCAUCGUGGACGAUCGCCUCGCUAUCAUUGGAAGCGCAAAUAUCAAUGAACGAUCACAAAGAGGGGAUAGAGACUCAGAAGUGGCUGCCGUAAUACGGGAUACUGACAUGAUUGAUAGCACAAUGGCCGGAAAGCCCUUCAAAGUUGGUCGCUUUGCGCACACACUCCGCGUGCGACUGAUGCGUGAACACCUUGGAAUUGAUGUUGACGCUUUGGACGAAGAAGACAUUAUGACACACGAACCUAUCAAACCAGAGUUUGAGCAGGCUGCUUGGGAUCCAGACAAAGAACAAGUUUAUGGUGAAGAGCAUGGGGUGACACAUGUUAAGAAAUCGAAUCAAAAAACGCCCCUGGGCAAUAUGGCGUCUGCUGCAAAGGAUACGACGGAUCAAGCUGCUCAUGCCGCCGCUGAUUUCUCGUCCACGAAGGCUGCACAUGUGCUACACAGACUGGGACUUGACCAGAGCUCUGUAGCUCAUAACAUCGGAGAGGACACCUUGAAAGAAGAACGCAAGGACUACAACAGAGAAGGUCAAAAAGAAACUGGUUUCGCGAGCUCCGUCGUCCCGACCCUCGAGGAGAAAGUAGCUGCCGAAGGAAGGUCCCCUAAAGACCGAAUUGCUGAUGACCAGGAUAGCGUAACGAUUCGAGACGAGACCAUUGACGAAAGAUCCUUGUCAGAGCAUAGACUGACGCAAAACGGGCAGUUUAAACCAACCUCGGCGGUACCCGACCUUCCCACAGAUGACAACGUUCUAUUCGGGGCGGUGGCUAAUGCACAGGACGCCACUGUCGAUAAGGAGCCUCCUCGAUCCUUGAAGAGCGAUGUUGACGAAGAGGAACAAACCCCGCCAGGGGCAAGAGCAUCCAUCCGAAACACCCUUGGAAGUAAAUCGACACGGAGGCAUGCUUGGACUGUCCCUACAGCGAAGCCGAAGGUUGAACCCCAGGAUUUCGAAGACCCUAUAUCGGACACCUUUUGGAAGAACAUUUGGGUUGCCAGUGCCGUACACAACACGGAGAUAUUCCGGAAGGUUUUUCAUGCUGUUCCAGACGACCUUAUCACCACUUGGAAACAAUACAAGGAAUUUGUGGCCUAUCAUGACCGUCUAAGCAAGCCCACUCGUGAUAGCAGCUCAGGAGAACCUGUGGCUCGAGUACCGUCCGAAUCAGGCGACGAAGGGGCUACGCAUGUAUCGCACACAUCUGACACGACAGACAUGGCGUCGCAGAUAAGUAAGGACGUAGGCGAAGACAUGCCGACAACUCCUGCGAAUAGCUCAUCAUUUGCUGCAUCCCAAAACGAAGAGCCGCCACCUAAACCUCGUCGACCAGCCCGGGGUUCGGAACCUUUCGAGAAAUGGGAACGUGAGGAAAUGGAGAGGCUCUUAGGGGAAUUGAAUGGCCAACUAGUUAUUCAUCCAACUCGCUUCCUGGAAGGCGAGGAUAUUGCCAACAACUUCCUCUUCAACGCUGACCGUUUGCUGCCGCUGCCCAUCUACAACUAA